CCGCGCCGCCGGCCCCCGACGACUCGGAGUCCCCGCAAAGCCCCGCCCCGGCGCGGCGCGGUCUAUCGGGCGGGUGCAGAGCGCCGAGGCGGCGGGGGAUCGCGGCAAUGGCCCGGGCUGGCCCCGCCGGCGCGCCCGCCGCCCGCUGGAAAGGCCACAUUGUGCGGCAGCUGCGGCAGCGGGACCGCACGCAGAAGGCGUUCUUCCUGGAGCUGGUGCCCGCCUAUAACCGUCUCCUGGAGAAGGCCGAGCUGCUGGCCACGCUGUCUGAGAGGCUGCAGCCAGAACCAGGCGAUGUCAGCCCCGCCGCGCCCCCGAGCCCCUGGGAGGAGGAGUCAGGGCGUGGCUCAGAGCAGGCGCCAAGGCCAGCAGCUCUGAGGGAGAAGUGGCAGCAGGAGGAGGAGGAGCUCCGGCUGGUCUGUGGUGAGAUGGCCUACCAGGUGGUGGAGAAGAGCGCAGCCCUGGGCACCCUGGAGGCGGAGCUGGAGGAGCGGCAAAGCAGGCUGGCGGCCCUGGAGGCCCGCGUGGCGCAAUUGCAGGAGGCGCGGGCGCAGAAGGAAGCGCAAGUGGAAGAUCAGCGCGCACGAAACGCAGCGCAGCGGGCGGCUUACGAGGAGCUGCGCGCGCACGCCGGGCUCCAGGAGGUGGCGCUGCGCAGGCUCCAGGAGGAGGCGCGCGACCUGCUGGAGCGGCUUGUGCAGCGCAAGGCGCGCGCCGCCGCCGAGCGCAACCUGCGCAAUGAGCGGCGAGAGCGGCUCCCGACGCCCUUCCAGGGCCAACCAGGCGCGGGUGUCGCAGGAGCUGAAGAAGGCUGCCAAGCGAGCUGUGAGCAUCAGCGAGUAAGAGUGGGGACGGCCCGGGUCUGGGCUGUGGAGUCUGCCCGCCGCCCCUGGGUCACGCCGGCACGUGGCGACAGGAGCCCACCCCCACGAGAUGUGAUCAGGGAGGGGACUGAGACUGUGGCCCUGGCCUCGGGACCCGAGUCCCUGGAGAGCGAGGCUUGUGAGAAGUGGAAGAGGCCCUUCAGGUCUGCCUCAGCCACCUCCCUGACGCUGUCCCGCUGUGUGGAUGUGGUGAAAGGGCUUCUGGAUUUCAAGAAGAGGAGAGGCCACUCGGUUGGCGGAGCGCCCGAGCAGCGGUACCACAGCAUCCCCGUGUGUGUGGCCGCUCGAGUUCCUACCUGGGCUCAGGAUGCGCUGGACGCCCACCUGUCUGAGGUCAACGCUGUGUGUUUUGGCCCCAACAGCAGCCUCCUGGCCACCGGAGGGGCGGACCACCUUAUCCACCUGUGGAAUGUUGUGGGAGGUCGCCUGGAGGCCAACCAGACCCUGGAGGGAGCUGGCAGUAUCACCAGUGUGGACUUCGACCCCUCGGGCUCCCAGGUUUUGGCAGCAACUUACAACCAGGCUGCUCAGCUCUGGAAGGUGGGGGAGGCGCAAUCCAAGGAGACGCUGUCUGGACACAAGGACAAGGUCACAGCUGCCAAGUUCAAGCUGACAAGACACCAGGCAGUGACCGGGAGCCGAGACCGGACGGUGAAGGAAUGGGACCUCGGCCGCGCCUACUGCGCCAGGACCAUCAAUGUCCUUUCCUACUGUAACGACGUGGUGUGUGGAGACCACAUCAUCAUUAGUGGCCACAACGACCAGAAGAUCCGCUUCUGGGACAGCAGGGGGCCCCGCUGCACGCAGAUCAUCCCCGUGCAGGACCGGGUCACCUCCCUGAGCCUCAGCCAUGACCAGCUGCAUCUGCUCAGCUGUUCCCGCGACGACACACUCAAGGUCAUCGACCUGCGGGCCAGCAAUGUCCGCCAGGUGUUCAGGGCCGAGGGCUUCAAGUGCGGCUCCGACUGGACCAAAGCCGUGUUCAGCCCCGACAGGAGCUACGCGCUGGCAGGCUCCUGGGAUGGAGCUCUGUACAUCUGGGAUGUGGACACUGGGAGACUGGAGAGUCGCCUUCGAGGACCCCACGGUGCUGCUGUUAAUGCCGUGGCCUGGUGCUACUCUGGGAGCCAUGUGGUGAGCGUGGACCAGGGCAGGAAGGUGGUGCUCUGGCACUAGGGCACCACUCCCCCUGCCUGGGCGGGAGCUCUGGUGCGAAGCCCAAAGCCGAGAACGCUUCCCUCUGCUCCAGGUCCAGCGGUAGCGCUGGAGGCCUGACGUCAGUGCAGAAGGAGGCCUGGCGGGUCCUGGCCUGUUUGUUUAAAAUCGGGUGGGUUGGGAGGAUUUUUAAAAAACUCUUAGUCUCCCAAAAGUGGGGAAAAAAAAAAAAAAAAAAAAAAAGCAAA